AAAGCCAUGAGACAGAAUUAGGUUUUGGUUUUAGCUCAUUUUUUCCUUCUCCAAUAAGAAGGCACUUUUCUCCAAUAAGAAAGCAUCCAUGAUUAAUGAUGCUUAGAGUUGAUCCUGAAAUUAGUGAGGCAGACCUAAAUCCCAUUGAUAAGAACUGUAUUUUAAGUAUAACUACAUCUGCAAUCGGUUUUGUGUUGGUUUCCAUCCCACUGGUGGCUGGCCCUAAACUGCUGUUCCAGAAAUGCCUUCAGCUGUUACUGGGAAAUACACGACCUGUGUUAAAGUUCCGUAAUUAAUUCACGUUUUAGAAACUGCAGUGAGUGAAACCAUAAUAAACCUGAAUGUAAUAGUGGCUGUAGCUGUUGGUAUCCUCUGAAGCAGACCAAUAUUUUUUUCUUCCAGUAUUUAGUGCAAGAUUUAAAAUUUUCACUGGAUUUGAUAUUGGAGUGAAAGUAUCAUUUUGAAGGUAGUAAAUGCCACUGUAAGUCAAGUUAUACUUUCUAGUGCUAUGUAUCUUUCUCCUUUGGCAAGCAGUUUGGCAAGAAGAGGUGCAGGCUUGAUACUGUAUGUCUACCAUGUUCCUGACCAGCUCCUCUAAACGACAGGUGGUACAAGAGAGGAAGUCUGAUGACUGUGGAUUCAAAGAGCAAUGCUUUGUAGGCUUGUGCCUGGAUCAGUUUGACCGAAGUGCGAAAUCUCCUCUGGUAGAGGAGUAUGACAACCAUCUGGAGGAAAUGAACAAAGAACUGAGAUAUUGCCAGCUUCAGAUGAGAGAAAUGAGACUCAAACUUGAACAAGUCAUCAAAGAAAAUGAAAGAUUACACGAAGAAUUGAAAGAAGCUAUUGAAAAGCAGUUGGAGUCUCUGCCAUCUGGUUCCACCUCAAAAGAUGGUGCAUUUCUGGAUGAAAAUCUAAUACGAAAUCUUCAAGAACAACUGCAACUAGCAAAUAAAGAAAAAGAACAUGUCCUAGAACUGUGGCAGACAGUGUCACAGGAAUUGGGGCGGCUUCAGCAGAUAUACCAAGAACAUAUGACAGAAGCACAGAUUCAUAUUGUUGAAAAACAGAAUCAAAAAGAUCAAUUGACAAGCUUUCAGCAGCUAACAAAACAACUGUAUUUAGCCAAUGAUAAAACAGAGUCAAUUAAUCAAGUAUUUCUGAAGACUGUAAUGGAACAGAAUGUAGAGCUGGAACAAUUGCGCAAACAGCAGAGACAAUCCAAAUUGGACUUGAGAACAGCUGUGUCAAAGGUUGAUGAAAUGCUCAGACUCACUGAGGAUCUUCGUUCCCAAGUAGCCAGAAAGGAAGAAGAGGUGUUAGCUGCUCAAGAGAGAGAGGAGGCAUCUGAUAAACGCUUACAGCAGUUGCAAUCUAGCAUAAAACAACUGGAGACGAAACUUUGUGUAGCCACCAAAGAUUCUGAACAGCUAAGGACCAAUAGUUCAACUUUAGAAAAGCAAAUCCAAGAGCUACAAAAAAAGUGUGUGGAAAUAGAAAAGGAGAAAUACGAUGCUGUGGAAAAGGUCCGUGAUAGCUUGCAAGUCUUAGAAGAAGCUAAUCUGCAAAAGAGUCAGGCAAUGAUAGCUGAAAAACAAAAAGAAGAGGAAAUAAAAAACAUGAAGGAAGCGGUUUCUCAGUUGCUUCAGGAUGCCGCUUCAAGAACUAGAAAAGAAGUAGAAAAUGAAAGAAAAAGAUAUAACAUGCAGAUUUCCCAGUUAUCAGAAGAACUUACGGCACUUCAGAUGGAAUGUGCGGAAAAGCAAAGCCAAAUUGAGCGGGCUGUUAGAGAAAGACGAGCAGUGGAAGAUGAACUAGCGAAGAUAUACAAUGAAAGAAGAGGAAAUGAAAGUGAUUACAGAAAACAAGAAGAACUUUACCAAAGGAGUCUGAUUGCUGAACGGGCAAAAGAUGAGCUUCAGCUGAGUUUGCAAACAGCACAAAACAAAAUCAAACAUUUGGAAAUGAACUAUGAAGAAGAGAUAAGCCGUUGUCGGGAAAUGAUCCAAAAGUUGCAAAGUAUUCUGGACUCUGAAAGACAGAACUGUGGCUCUGUCAGUGAAGAGUGUUUAAAACUCCAGCAAGAGAAUGAACGAUAUCAGAAAGAAAUGGAGGAAUUGAGAAAAUUAGCCAUGGAGGCACAGCAAACAGCCAAAUUAAAGAUAAGCACCAUGGAGAAUGAACAUUUAAUAAAAGAGCAUGGCUUUGAAGUGCAACUGAAAGAAAUGGAAGACGUGAAUCAAAACUCCACUGCUGAACUGAGACGUCUGUUGAUAGCUCAACAGAAGGCAACGAACCGGUGGAAGGAGGAAACAAAAAAAUUAACUGAAGUUACAGAAACCAGAAUAAAUAAUUUAAAAAGUGAGCUGAGUCGUCAGAAACUUCACACCCAGGACUUGCUUUGUCAGCUGGAAAGAGCAAACGAAAAGAUUAUUGAGGAUGAAAAAAUAAUGAUGGAAUUUCAAGAAAAAGUCAACAGACUUCAAAGGCGAUUAAGCCAGGCAGAAGAGAGGGCGGCUGCAGCAUCUCAACAGCUUGGUGCAGUUAUCAUGCAGAAAAAAAAGGCUGCCUCCUCAAUAGAGCUGGAAAAUAUUUAAAUAUGUGUUCUUCCAUAGUUUAUAUACUUAAGACUGAAGAGCAAACUUGAAACACUAAACCUUAUCAUGGAUUGACUUUUUUUUUUUACAAAAAAAAAUCUCUUGUUGCUUGAGCAAAGAAAAACAUUUUUGUGGCUUUCUCCCAAUAAACAUUAAACAAGCAACGCCAAAAACUACAUGAUGAAUGAAACCAGAGCCAGAUGGAAGGGUGGUUUCCCUUUAUCUGCAUGUAAAAAUAAAUGUACCAUACACCACAAUGUUUUAUUUUAUGGCUUUAAAAUGGGAAAAAAUGUACAGCAGUUUACCUACAAAUUAGAAAUGUAUCUAGCUGCUGAAUUGGAAGCUUUUUGUCAUUUAUAUAUGCUUUCAAAUCAGCUCUGACUGAUAACAAUUCUAGUAUAGGGUUUUCCUUGCAAGAUUUAUUCAGGGAAGCGUUGCCAUUGCCUUCCUCUGUGUCUGGGAAUGUACAACGUGCCUCAUGUCACCCAUGAGUUUGACUGAGUGGGCAUUUCUAGAUCAAUGCUUCUUAAACUGUGGGUCCCAAUCCCAAGCGAGUUCCCCUUAGCUUAAUGUUGGGAUCCUGCAAAAUUUGACAACAGUAAAAAUGUUUUUGAAUGCCACCCAUUUAAACAAAUCUGUUAGCAACAUCAUGCAGUAUGUAUAGUGGACUCUGGAGAAAAUGCUUCAGCUGUAUUCCACAAAAAGGAAAAACAGCCCGUCUUGCAAUCCUUACAAAUGCAGAUUUAUUAUCAGUAAAUGUUUUAUUUUUAUAAAUAUUUUAUAUACCUGGGGUCACAUAAAACAUUCCCUGGUGAAAAGGGGCCGCAAGUGGAAAAAGUCCUGCUCUAGAGUGCUGGUCUAAAACACAGACUACUACACUUUUUUGGUUAGCAAGUAUCUGUACUUUAUUUGAUGGUACUUUAUUAUGGUUGCUUUUUAAAGCUGAAAUUCUGACUAUUAAUCAUUUUGCUGAACAGGAAUAAUGUUAUAUGCGUAAAUAUUUGUAACAUCACUACCAAGUACGAAUGUAUUACAUUGUUCUUGGACAAUCAUUGGAAACUAUUGAAACUCGACUCUUUUCAGGCCUGUAUUUUUGUAACUUUAUGAAUGUUGCCAAUUACACCAAUUGCUAUUCCAAA